AAGCAUUUGGUGUUUACUUGAUAUAAAAAUACUUUGUCAAUUUUCAAUCAUUUUUGAUAUAUUUAUAACAAAGUUGUACAUUUAAAAUUUAAUUCACACAUAUGUCCAACAUUCAUCAUGGUAGUUAAAAACCAAAAAACAUUUACCGCGGUUAAAAUCAUUCUGGGAGUGGUGUAUACACUGGCCAUCAUUGGGUACCUUCUGUUGCUAAUCUCAUGGAUACUGGCGAGUCAGGGCAAAUUUGAACAAGCUGAAGUAUGGGCAGACUUUACACACAACGAAUCACUUGGUAUCGUGAUACUAUCUGCGCUUGGUAUUAUAAUAACCAUAAUCGGCCUGUUUGGUAUAAUAAAGGAGCGUAAAGGCUUAGUAAUAAUAUUGGUGAUUUUUGGUAUCGUGGGCAUUAUUUUCGAUCUGAUCAUGGCAGAAUUUGUCACCGCCAUAAUUGGGGCUAUUGUGGUCGCUCUCACCAUAUUUUACAUUAAACUUAUUGGCGAUAAGCAAAGUGAGGCUCACUCUCAGUAUCCCAAUGCAUCAUAA